UUCACUUUUUUGUAAGAAGAGGAACGAAGAAGAAGAAACAACAGAAUAGAAGCCUUUUUCUUAGCUUCUACUGUUAUCUUCCACGCCUAACUAAUCAUAAUCUAUUUAGCUUUGGCCUUUCUUUAUAUAUAUCUAUAUAGAGAGAGAUAGACAGACAGAUAGAUAUUGUUAUGUUGUUUGUGGUCCAUUUGGUUUGAACAAAACAGAGAGGUUGUGCGAAAAAUUAAAGAAAGUCAUAUUCCAAAUACAUAUGGAAUGGAAUAAUGGAAAUAUAAGUUUUAGUUCUAACUUUGUUUCUCAACUACCACAAUCCUCUUCUUCCUCUGCAUUGCUUUACAACUACAACUUCAACUGCAGCUACAAUUUGGAUCACUUUCCUGUGAUAGAGACAGCGACACGGGUAGCGACCGGGGAAGGCAAGCAAAAUAUGGCUGGAGGAGUGGAUCAUCAAAAGAAGAAGAGGUUGAGUCAAGAUCAGUUGGAGGCAUUGGAGAGAAGCUUUCAAGAAGAAGUAAAGCUUGAUCCUGAUAGGAAAAUGAAGCUUUCAAUGGAACUUGGACUUCAACCAAGGCAAAUAGCUGUGUGGUUUCAAAAUAGAAGAGCUCGUUGGAAGACCAAGCAACUUGAGCAUCUCUAUGAUACUCUCAAACAACAAUUUGAUACUAUCUCUAAAGAAAAACACAAUCUUCAACAAGAGGUGAUGAAAUUAAGAAACAUGCUAAGAGAACAGACAACGAGGAAUGCAGGGUCGAUGGCUCACACGGACAUCUCCGGGGAGGAGACGACGGUAGAGUGCACAUCGGUGGAGAUUCUGAGCUGUAACAAUUACAUGUACAAUGUGGAAGAUUUCAACCAAAUAUCAGCUUCAGCUCCUCCAUUCUGGUGGGGUGCUGAGGCUGCUCACUUGCCUUCUUAUCCUUAGCUAGGCUUCCCGAGGGGUACUUAAUUUUAAUUAUUAGUUUGGGUUUAGAAAUUUGCAUCAACUUUUUUACUCUCUUAUGAUGAUAUGAUCUAGAAAAGACAUUAUAUCGUUUGAUGUUAUGUGUGUUUGAAUAUUCUUGAUCACCCAUAUAAAAUUAACUUCACUUCCAAGGCUCAAUCACUGGAUGUGUUCUUCCCCUUUCUUGGGAUAUUUUUAUUGAUCAGGAACAAAAACUUUUGAUUUCAUGUGUGCAUGUCGAUAUAUAAAUCUAUAUCGUUCUAUUUGGCUUAUUUUUU